AGUUUCAGUAGAAUUAUGUAGGCUUACUGAAAGUUUUGAUUAGUAACAUCAUACUCACAAAUAUAUUUACAUAUAUACUAACAUACUUACUCCGUGCAACAACACCGAAUACUUUAUACAAUACAUAUAUUUUGUAACAAAUAUAACCGCUCCACAAUGAAACGUACCACAUCCAUACAGGACAUAAAGAACACCGCUGCACUUCAGCGACAACAUACAGACAGCAUCUGCCCACUGGCUCACCGUCUUCCGGGUAAAGCUCUGCGUGCUUGCUUUCUACGCAACAUGGAUCAACAUUUUGGCGGCAUUUCCCUGGCCGUGUCAAAGAAACGCUACCAAGAAUUCAAGGCGUUGCUAGAGGCUAUCACUGUGGCAUUUCGCCCUCAUGUGGUCCUAAAGUCGGCGAUAACGCGCGUUUAUCGGAUCAACGGCACGCCUCUUCAUUCCAUAGAUGACUUCUAUGAGGGCGACAUUGUGGUCUGCUGUUGUCAGUACGAGCCCUACGUUGAUGUGGGCUACAAUGUCAACCAGCACUAUAUGCGACUUCUGGGCUCUCUCAUUCGAAUGCGUGAGAAGUGUGCGCCGGUUGAGGGAAGCGAGGAAGAAGAAGAAAAUAAAUGCUUCGAUGACAACGAGCUUGUCAUCGAUUAUGAGAACUGCAAGCUGCCGCAAGCCAUACUAUUAUACAUAAACGUGGAGAAGCCAAUCUGGGUCCACAAGUCGACUGUAAUAUUUCAGGGCAGCGGUAGAGCCCGAAGCGACAAGCAUUAUAUAAUUAAAAUGGUGAACAAAGAACACAUGUUUACGCGAACAAACGGAACUUACUUUGAGAUAGAAAUCUUGCGACAACUGCAGGACCACACGAACAUCAUUGAUCUAAUAUACACGGUGGAGCAGUGCAAAGUAAAACUGUUUUCCCCGAGACUCUGGUCAAAAAAAUCAUGAAAGACGUGACCAGAGGGCUGGCGUACAUUCA